CUGGGAUUUGUAUCAGUUCUGAACGAAUACGGCUUGAGAACACAUUGAAAGCUUCUGAGUUUUGUUGUUUAAAUCAUUAAAAAUAACGAAGAUCCAUCAACAUGAAAUUUGCAGCUGUCGUUCUGUUUGCACUCUUCGCAGUGGCCUCUGCUGAAUAUAAGCUACGCAACCAAGAGGAUUUAAUGAAAGCCCGCAAGGAAUGCAUGGAAGCCAAAAAGGUCACACCCGAAUUAAUCGAGAAAUACAAGAAAUUCGAUUUCCCCGAUGAUGAGACCACCCGCUGCUACAUUGAGUGUGUCUUCGAGAAGUUUGAAUUGUUCGAUGCCAAGGAAGGUUUCAAGAACGAUAACUUAGUAGCCCAACUGGGGCAGGGUAAGGACAACAAAGAUGCCGUCAAGACUGAUGUUGAAAAAUGUGCCGAUAAGAACGAACAAAAGUCGGACUCGUGUUCAUGGGCCUUCCGUGGCUUCAAGUGCUUCAUUAAAUCAAACCUGCCAUUGGUCAUGGAUAGUUUGAAGAAGAACUAAGGCGUCCACGGCAUAAAUGCCUGCAACGAGUAUUCUUAAUUUUUUUUCCUUUACGUAUAAAUGACUGCAACAAUUGGAAUACAAAAGACCGGACCACCAACAAUAACAACAACAGCAGCAAUAUGUAUUUAGUAGACAGUGUCCUUAAUUGAAGUGUAUCAAGAUCAUCUGCAAUUUCAAAAGCUUGUGCAACAACAGCAAUAACAACAAUAAUGGAAAUAAUGAAUCAUCAGUAACGUCCUACAAUCGUCAAUUAUUUUUCUCAUCUUACAUGUAUUUUUUUUUAAUUUAAAUUAGGUACCAAAAAAAGCGCAUCAGUUUGUUUUUUAAUAAUGUUCGUUAUGUUUAACAAUAAAUAACAAAAUCAAAGCACACAUUUUCUAAAAAACAAAAACACA